UCAAAGUACAGUACAUGUACAGUACAUGCAUUGACCGGCAGACCGGCUCACUUGUAGUUCGAUUUGCGGUAUAAAAUAUGAAAAUAUCUACCAGAAUAAGCCCUAAAUAUGUCAACUGGGUAAUUCACAGUUGUCUCUUGAUAUAAAGUGUAGUACAAAGAAAAAGUACGGAAGUUUAGUUAAUCACUGGAUCUUGGCCGUCCAUUGGCAUAGUUCACGCACUGCUCGACCGACAGCUUAAAACAUCGUCCGACAUGCUCCAAAUGCGUUGAUUGGUCAAAUUCUUCGAUCACGCCAAAUCUUACGUCAGGUGAUUGGCCGGUGCGUUUCCAGACACAUGGGAGCAUAAGAGAGAUGCUGUCCAACGUCUUCCGUGCCCACGGGCGCUACUGCUCCGCCCACCCUUGGGAGGUCAUCGUGGGCACCCUGACUCUCACCAUAUGCAUGCUGUCCAUGGACUAUUUCACCAGCCUGCCCAAAGUGUGCGGAUGGAACUAUCACUGCACUGAGACACAGGAUGUCAUGUCCUCUGAUGUUAUCAUCGUCACUCUGGCCAACGCCAUGUCCGUCUUCUAUAUCUAUAUGCAGUUCCACAAACUCCGAAAAGUUGGUUCCAAAUACAUUCUCGGCAUUGCUGGGCUGUUCACCAUAUUCUCCAGUUUUGUAUUCAGCAGUGCCGUUAUUCAUCUUUUUGGCCUGGAGCUUACAGGCCUCAAUGAGGCACUGCCUUUUUUCCUUCUUCUGAUCGACCUGUCCAAAGCCAGUGCCUUGACCAAAUUUGCACUGAGCAGUGAUUCCCAGAGAGAUGUACCUGAGAACAUAGCCCAAGGUAUGGCAGUCCUUGGUCCCAACAUCUCCCUGGAUGCAUUGGUCAUGAGCCUGGUGAUUGGCGUUGGUACUCUGUCAGGAAUCCCCAAAUUGGAAGUGAUGUGCUGUUUUGGAUGCCUGUCCGUGGUUGCCAACUUCUUUGUCUUCAUGACUUUCUUCCCAGCCUGCCUGUCACUUGUUCUGGAGCUUUCCAACAACAACCCUGUCGGCCGUCCAGUCUGGCAACUUGGUCAGUUCACCAAGGUGCUGCAGGAGGAGGAAGACAAGAAACCCAACCCAGUGGUCCAACGGGUCAAGGUUAUCAUGUCCAUGGGUCUGGUGCUGGUGCACGUCCACAGUCAUCUGAUGAAAGCAAGCGAUGCCAAGCUUGGGGAGGUGAGCACGCUGACUGACUUACCUGAGCUGGAGUUCUCCCGCAAGAUUGAGCCCGAGAUACCUCUUUGGCAGUUCAACCUCAGAAAAUUUGCCAGCCUUGGAAUGGAGCAGGUGGCUGUAUUACUCCUGGCUGCGUUCUUGACUGUCAAAUACAUCUUCUUUGACCAAAACGACUCUGAAGCCACAGAAGAAGAAACCACAGAGGAACAGUCAAGCAAUGGCGCCGUCAUCACUGAGGCAGAAAUGGAACCAGAAAAGCCGGCAAUCCUGGAGGAACUGCAGAGGUUCUCAUCUUGCGGUGUCCAGACAGACCCUGUCCGUUUUGCCCCCAAGGCUACCUUCACCAUUGGUGGUGGGAAGGACUCGGACGUGGAGAGCGUCGGAGACGAGUCUGAGAGCACUCGGGAUGAGAACUCGCGCCCCAGCUCGCCAACAGCACCACGACCACUGCAGGAAUGCGCUCGUAUCCUCAAUUCAGGAGAAGUCAUGGACUUGACGGACGAGGAAGUGCAUCUCCUGGUGGCCAGCAGGCACAUCCCCGCUUACAAGCUGGAAGAUGUCUUGCAGGACCCCGAGAGGGGAGUGGCCAUCCGCAGGCAGAUCUACAGCCAGAAGCUGACCAAGAACUGGGCGCUCAGCGAUCUGCCGUACACGGGCUACCAGUACUCUUACGUCAUGGGUGCUUGCUGCGAGAACGUGGUCGGCUACAUGCCGCUACCUGUUGGUGUUGCCGGACCCUUGCUGAUGGACGGUGAAGAGUACUACGUCCCCAUGGGGACCACGGAGGGCUGCCUGGUGGCCAGCACCAACAGGGGCUGCAGGGCCAUCCAGGCUGCCGGAGGGGUUAAGAGCACCGUUGUAGCUGAUGGGAUGACGAGAGGACCGGUAGCAAGUCUACCCUCAGCCAAAGAGGCAAGUGCGGUCAAACUGUGGAUGGAGGACCCCGACAACUUUGCCGCCAUCAAGGAGAGCUUUGACUCCACCAGUCGCUUUGCCCGGCUCAAGAAUGUCCAGGUGGGCCUGGCCGGCCGCCACCUGUUCAUGCGUUUCCAGGCCCUGACGGGUGACGCCAUGGGCAUGAACAUGCUGUCCAAGGGUACAGAGAAGGCCUUGAACCGAAUCCACGAGCAGUUUCCGGCCUUCGAGGUCCUGAGUCUUAGCGGUAACUACUGCACCGACAAAAAGCCGGCGGCCAUUAACUGGAUUGGUGGGAGGGGCAAGUCGGUUGUCAGCGAGUGCACCGUACCGGCGUACGUCAUAGAAAAGGUUUUGAAAACCUCCGUCCCCGCUCUGGUGGAGCUGAACAUCAACAAGAACCUUGUUGGCUCGGCCAUGGCUGGAAGCAUUGGUGGCUUCAACGCCCACGCUUCCAACAUCGUCACUGCCAUCUAUGUUGCCACUGGCCAGGACGUGGCUCAGAAUAUUGCCAGCUCCAACUGCAUCACCUUGAUGGAGCCAUCAGGCCCCAAGGGGGAGAACUUGUAUGUCAGUGUCACCAUGCCGUCCAUCGAGGUUGGCACCGUUGGGGGAGGGACGGUGCUCCCACCACAGGGAUCCUGCUUGGAGAUGCUGGGUGUGCGUGGUGCUUGCCCCGAGGAUCCAGGACGCAAUGCCCGUACCCUGGCCCGCAUUGUCUGCUCCACUGUCCUCGCUGGGGAAUUGUCCCUCAUGUCAGCGCUGGCUGCCGGACACCUGGUUAAGAGCCACCUCAAACACAACAGGUCUUCUCUGUGUGUGACCAACAGUCUGUCCAGUAGCCUGCCCACCAUCCAUGAGCACAAGCGCAGCAAGUCAUUGGACCUGAGCGCCCCCCACCCAACGGGCCGGAUGGGCCUCUUGGACCAAGUGGGGACAUGCACCAACAAGGCUUCAUGACCUGUGAACACCUGGACCCCCGAGAGACCUUCAUCAGAUUGAUUCCCAUGCCUGUCCCCUUGGCACCCCCAAAAUAAGUCUCGGUUUCCAAAAGUCUGAUGGUCAAAUGCACCGACAAACCUGUUCUGGUUUGUCAGUAUUGUCUUUUGCUGAUUUUGUCUUUGUUGAAGCCGCAGCAGCAGACUGUUUAGUUUCCACUUGCAGCACUCUUGUGACCUUUUAUGUGACCUAUUUGCCUUGAUAAGUUCUACCAUUCUUUUUUCAUUUCCCUAGUCCAUAUUUGUUCAACUUUUACUCAUGUAAACUUUCCCCCCAAUUUUUUCCUAUUCUCGAGCUAUUCUUGUUGUCUCUUUCUCCAUUGGUCAGUUUAGAUAAUGUUGAACAAAAGAAAGCAUUUCUCAUAUCUUUUGAUUGCUUUGUUUUACUGACAAAGGAAACUUAUACAUAUCAUACAAAUGUGUCAGAUAUGUUAAUUUUGAAAAGGAAGUAUAGAUUCCUGGGAAGCAGUUUUUACUUUGUGGGGGAGUUUGCAAGGGGUAAUAGUGACAUAUUUUACGGGGUAAUCAGGGUCAAAGUUUUGCAUGUGUAGAGUCAAAAUACCAGACGGAUGAAAUUAUGAGUUGAAAUUUCAUUAUAAAGUUACUUGGUCUAAUUUAAAUAAAAUUUAUGGAGAUAAUUUAUUUUGAAAUCUGGUGAGAGCAUUCAUGAUAUUAGACAGGAACUUUUUAAAUGAUGAAUUAGAUGCUCGAGCAAAUGGAAUAACUGUCACAGAAAGAACCCUCCAAAACUCAAAAGUGUGACUGUCAUCGUUGACUGUUUGACUUGUGUAGAGGUUUUGUACUCAAAAUGCCACCGUGGAUAGUAAACUCACUCUGACUGUACAUUUGAUAAUAGGGUAGUUCUUAAUGUGAAUGGUUCUGCUGGUAUCAGCAAAAACGAUGAUUAGAAAAAUUCUGUUUAGCAGCUGGUGACACGAUGCCCUGUAUGCACUUUGCAAACAAGCGGAUGCCUGUUUCAAAGAUGAGAGCAUAGAUUGUCCAAAGAUGAUUGCUCGUCAGCUGCGUGUUUAUAUAUAUAUAUAUAUAUAAAAGCUAAAUUUAUAUUUUCUGAAAUUCUUGACGCUUGAACCUGUUCUAAGGACUUCGCAUGUAAGCAUACCGGUGGUGGAUUUAAAAAAAAUUACAACUGUCAUCGUGGACCGCUGAAAUCCCAUUUUGGAUGCACACCGACAGUAGUGCUUCUGCCAUUUGGAGAAGCUACGAGAUUGUUGGCAUUGUGUUGAAAAUCGCAUUCUACACACAGCGUGCAGGUGGUGGUGUUCAUGCUUCAUAAACCCACCAAGUUGUCUCUACCUCACCUGGACAGAACAAGCGUACACUAGAGCAGAACACAGAGAACCAGUAUUGCGUGCUUGAAUGAGGCCAGUAACCCUUGAGGAGCCAUUAGUCCUGUCAGGCUGUUUUGUUUGUUGGUACAAGACCAAAACAGCAAGAAUACCAGUCUCUGAACUUUAAUUAGUCGGCAGAGAGGUCAUUCUAUUGGACUGAAGUAAAUUUGAAAAAAAAAGAAUUAAAAAGUUGUACAUAGUGAUAUUAUGCAUGCCACAUGUUGUUUACACUGACUUUCAUAAUUACGAGUUCAUACAUUAAAAUGCCAUGGCAACUUAGCAUUAAUGUAUUUAUUACUCUGUGGUUUAAUUUGCUUGUAAAUGUAUGAAUGGUCCACGUGUGUGUAAAUCUUGGCCAGGCCAGCACCAAUAUUUAAACUUUAUUUUCUUGCCAAUACUGAAAACCAGAUUCUUUUCGCUUUUUUGAUAUCAUUUCUGGUCAGAUUUGACCCUCUGCUAGAAAUGUCAGUGUUUCUACCAUGGACAUUCGUGCGACAAAUAUAUAAAUUGCUUAAUCUACUGUGGUUUUAGGCCGAGGAUGCUGGAAAAAAUCUCUGCUUUGACUAAGGUGUUAAAAGUCAAAUUAUUUAUUUAAAUUGAUAUGUCGGCAGUGGGUGGUUCAAUGUACAGUCUGAAAGAGCACGACACUCCUUUUUUUACGGGGGCUACACUACUUCCAUGUCAUCAUUGUGAGAAAUGUUUAGCAGAUUAAGUGUUGGUAAGGAAAUAAAAGAUAGUUGUGUUUCUCCAGUGAUUACCAUACGGAGGGACACCUGUGGACGUGUUGCAUGUGGUGUAUAUAGCAGUUCUAUUGAAAAUGUUGUGGACCAUUUUGGGCAGAAGCUAUUUCAUUUGCCAAAUGAUAGAACUUUGUAAAGUUAAGAGUAUUGGACAAUUGCCAUCACAAAGUGGAAUCUACCGUGAUCUUUAGAACAGAUUGAUGUUGAUGGUUGCACCACUGCUUUAUGGAGCAAAUAUCUGAUGUGAGGUUCUGCAAAAUAAAAUGCUUUCAGCACCAUCUAGAA